AGGAACUCAUGCAAGCAGGCGGCAAUAGUCGGAGCGCUGAAGUAGCGGAGGGUCAGCCAUAUUGCCGCGCUGUUAGUUCUGCAGAGGAGUGUCCGAGUCUGCCCUGCGGUAGAACCAUUUUAAAUCACACCUGCUCUGGAAGGCACUGACUGUGGAGACGUCAUCUAGUAGGCUAUCCGAAGUAUUUGGAAACCAACUUCACAGCUCCGCGCACGGACCCAGGAAAAGGACACAAAAUGCCUAAAGCUGUCAAUGUUCGUGUCACCACCAUGGACGCUGAGCUGGAGUUUGCCGUCCAGCCCAGCACCACUGGUAAACAGCUCUUUGACCAGGUGGUGAAGACCAUCGGCUUGAGGGAAGUCUGGUACUCUGGUCUUCAGUAUGUGGACGGUAAAGGAUACCUCACCUGGCUGAAGCUUGACAAAAAGGUGUCUUCCCAGGACGUCAAGAAGGAGAACCCGCUGCAGUUCAAGUUCCGCGCCAAGUUCUUCCCCGAGGAUGUGUCUGAGGAGCUCAUCCAGGACAUCACCCAGAAGCUGUUCUUCAUGCAGGUGAAGGAGGGCAUCCUGAGCGAUGAGGUGUACUGUCCCCCGGAGACGGCCGUGCUGCUGGCCUCCUACUCUGUCCAGGCCAAGUUCGGAGACUAUACCCGGGACCUCCACCGGCCCGGCUACCUCACCUCAGACCGUCUGCUGCCCCAGCGGGUUCUUGAGCAGCACAAGCUGUCCAGGGAGCAGUGGGAGGAGAGGAUCCAGGUGUGGCAUGAGGAACACCGUGGAAUGCUCAAGGAGGAUGCCAUGCUGGAGUACCUGAAGAUUGCCCAGGACCUGGAGAUGUACGGAGUCAACUACUUUGACAUCAAGAACAAGAAGGGGACCGAGCUGUGGCUGGGAGUAGACGCCCUGGGACUCAACAUCUACGAGAAGGAGGACAAACUGACCCCAAAGAUCGGCUUCCCCUGGAGCGAGAUCAGGAACAUCUCCUUCAACGACAAGAAGUUCAUCAUCAAACCCAUCGACAAGAAGGCCCCGGACUUUGUGUUCUUUGCCCCUCGCCUGCGCAUCAACAAGCGUAUCCUGCAGCUGUGCAUGGGCAACCAUGAGCUGUACAUGCGCCGCCGCAAGCCAGACACCAUCGAGGUGCAGCAGAUGAAGGCCCAGGCCCGCGAGGAGAAACACCAUAAACAGAUGGAAAGGGCCCAGCUGGAGAACGAGAAGAAGAAGAGGGAGGCCAUAGAGAACGAGAAGGAGCAGAUGGAGAGAGAGAAGCAGGAUCUGAUGAUGAGACUCUACCAGUUUGAGGAGAAGACCAAGAAGGCAGAGAAAGACCUGCAGGAGCAGAUGCAACGUGCAUGCAACUGGGUGGAGAGGAGGAUGGCGGAGGACGAGGCCCGCCUGGGAGCUGAGCGUCAGGCCGCCCUGCUGGCCAAGGAGGAGCUGGCCCGCCACGAGGACCAGAUGCACAACCAGGAACAGCUUGCCGCGGAGCUGGCACAGCACACAGCUAGGAUCGCCCUGCUGGAGGAGGCCAAGAGGCGCAAGGAGGAGGAGGCUGACACAUGGCAACACAGGGCUCAGGAGGCCCAGGACGACCUGCUGAAGACCAAGGAGGAGCUGCAAAUGGUGAUGACGGCCCCCACUCCGGCACCCCCUCCCCCCAUGUUCGUGGAGGUGCCCAUGUUUGUGGACAACCAUGACGUUUUGAUGGUGGAGGAACAGAAUGACAGCGAGAACAACAGCACGUACAGUGCCGAACUGCAGAACGAGGGCUUCAACGACCACCGCCUGGAGGAGGAGCGCCUCACCGAGGCCGAGAAGAACGAGCGUGUGCAGAGGCAGCUCAUGGCCCUGAGCUCGGAGCUGGCCCAGGCCCGCGACGACACUAAGCACACCCAGAACGAUCUGCUCCACACGGAGAACGUGCGCGCCGGCCGGGACAAGUACAAGACCCUGCGGCAGAUCCGAUCGGGCAACACCAAGCAGAGGAUUGACGAGUUUGAGGCCUUAUAAGAAGGCCCCUCCCCAGAAGCCAUGAGGGCCACACAGCCACGUACC